AUGCAGCAGGGCCUCAAGCAUGUCACAGACAAGUGCUUCCUGAAUAUAAAGGCCUUCAUCUUUGAAGAGUGGUUUAUCCCAGCGGCUUCAGAGGCAAUGAGGGACCUGGCUUUACUACUUGGCCUGCUCUCUUUCCAGUUUCAAUUCCCUUUCGGUUUUCCUGCAAGAAACAUUUCUCUCAAGUGCAUGCAAGAUACUGAUGAAUUCCUUUCUGAUCUGAAUUCGGUGAAGCCCAAAGAAUACGCUUUAAGAAUGUAUGACUCCGUGGGGAAGCUUGGGAGCAACGUUCUUAAUGGAAACCUCGACAGGCUGGGGUCCUACAGCGAGUGCCUCUCCACCCAUGCCCCGACGGGGAGCUUCCAAGGGCAGUACUGCAAACUUCACAUGCUGCAGGAUGGAGCUGACUACAGUGUGGGCGUGUGCGUCCCUGAUUCCUGUGCUGAAGAGGAUGUGACUAUGAUGUCACGACUGGAUAUUUUAAGAUUCAGAAACACUUCGUUUCUGGCCCCUUCCCUCCCUCUGUUUACAACAAAUUCUUCCUCCUCGCCCGGUGGCGGUGUGGCCAGAUGUGCUGCUGGCAAGUUCCCCCUGGACCCGUUUGCUGCCGUGUGUCUGUUCAUCGUGCUGCUGGGCCUCGCCUUCCCUCUGGCUGGAACCCUCUGCGUGGCAGCCAGCGCCUGGGGGUCAGCCCCUGGGACACUGUCAGUCCAUGGAACCCCUUCUUCCACUUACGGGAGUCUACUUUUGAGAGAGCUGGAGAGCGAGGAGCUAAGAAACAAAAUUGGAGAGGCCGAUGGGUUGCGCACUCUCUUACCAGCAGGAGCCCCAAGCAGAGGAAAAAGGUUCCUAGGAGCCAUGGGCCGUGCCCUGCGGUGUUUCUCCUGGCAGCAGACCGUGCCGGCCAUCCGGACUGCGAGGGCGUCAGGAGGCACCUGCCCCGUCCUGGAUGGCAUCCGCGUCUCCAGUCUACUCUGGAUCAUCUCGGGACACGCCAGCCAGAUGACCGCGUGGCUCUCUUUGGAUAAUGUGCUUGAAUGGAGGACCAGGGUGCUUAAAAACCCACUGUACCUCUACUCUCGCAGUGGCCCAUUCUACCUCGGGGUUGAUUCGUUUUUCCUGAUCAGUGGUUGGCUAAGUGCAAGGUCAUUUCUAAAGAUGCAAGAGAAUUCAGACAAAGGAAUAACACCCAAGGUCAUACUCAGAUACUUUUUCAAUCGCCUUAUAAGGCUGCAGCCUCUUCACAUGUACUCAGUGUGCCUGCUGGGUGCACUGUUCGCUCUUGUCCCCUGGGGACCUGUCUGGGAAGUGCCCAAGUUCCACUGGGAUAAUUGCCGGCAAGCGUGGUGGACAAAUCUGCUGUUGCUGAACAACUUCCUGUUGGUUCGGAACGCGUGCAACGGCUGGACGUGGUACCUGGCCAACGACUUCCAGUUCCAUCUCCUGACACCGCUGAUCGUCUUCCUCCAUGGAAAGAGUAGACGGGUCCUCAGCCUCCUCGGCGCGGGGCUGUUCUUGGCAUCUUUCACGGCCAGUGCCCUGCUCACACUGGUUUAUAAACUCCCGGUGACGUCUCCAUCAGCAGCCAGCGAAGACGUGGCCGUGCCGUACUUCCUGCAGUACUACACCAAGCCCUACUGCCGGCUGGGGCCGUUCCUCCUGGGUCUCUUCCUGAGCAUUUUCAUGCACCAAAACCACCAGGCGAACAUUCUCCAAAGCAAGGUGCAGGCCCUGCUGGGGUGGACAUGCUCCCUGCUCACUCUACUUGCCGUGGUCGCUCUGGCGUACGCAGUGGACGACACCCAUGCUGCCCCUUCAGUGGUCACUGCUCUCUACCAGGCCCUCCACCGGACCCUGUGGGCAGCGGCUGUGGCCUGGGUCAUUUUUGCCUGCCAGGAAGGCUAUGGAGGUCCGGUGACCCGGGUGCUUUCUUGUGAUGUCUGGAGCUUCCUGGCCAGCACCAGUUACGCCUGCUACUUGGUGCAUCCGAUUCUGAUCCUCCUCUACAACGGCCUGCAGGAAACACUCAUUCACUACACCGACACCACCAUGUUCUACCUCUUCUGUGGACACUGUGUGCUGACUUUCCUCGCUGGGCUGGCCCUGACGCUGUUCAUCGAGAAGCCAUUUCAGCUACUGAUGCGCCGUCUGUGAAGUCGGCACCUGCGGGGCCACCAAUGUCCCGGUUAAAACCUGAAAGACUGGAUGCCCCGUCGCUCCUGGGGAUGUGCACAGGCAGAGGCAGCUCUGUUUGUGUCGCUGAGUCACAGGUCUGAUGUAAUGCA